AUGAGCGAGAAAAGACAACUCCCCAUCACAUCAUUCUUCACGACACCGACGCUACAUGUGCAAGCGCCUAUUUCAAAGGCUACCCAUCCUUCGAACAGCGCUGAAGAUCCAAAACCACCCCGACAAUGUGAAGCCACAGCAUCCGAUCACCGCAAUGAGAUAAAUAUGCUGCCAAACUGGCCUCCAAGUGCCCAAGGUACUACUACCGGAAAUAUGGACUACUCAUCCCCCACAGAGAUCGAGGCCGCGGAUCAACCUUCGAGCGACAAUCCCAAAAAGCACCUCUACAUUCAGAAGUGGAUGGGAGAUAGAGAGGAAGAUCUUUGGGAGCUUAAACAGCUGAUUACCUCUGGGCAACGCACGGCCUACACACCCCAAUCGGGGUAUCUCACGGAGCAUGGCUGGCACUCCAUCAACGACCCCAAUGAAUCCAAUCCGGUAUGCCCUCCAAUACUUUCCACCCAAUUUGAACUAUGUCCACCGAAGGAUGUUGAAGCACUUUCAGAGGAGCCCACACUGGACGCUAAGUACUUCGAUCCGGAAUACUACCUCUCCAAUCAAGAUGAGGAGAUGCUACCGAGUGCCGCAGCGAAAACGGUCGGCAGGAUACUGGAGCAGAAUGAUGGGGAAAUCAACGGUGGGGGGUACGUACCGGAAGACGUAGCUCCACUCUCUGGACAAAGUGGGACUAGGGACAUAGCCAGUUAUUUCAAGUCCACGAGGAAAGGUUCCGGACCGGCCCCAUCAGAGCCUAGAGACGAAAAUCGUGUCCCAAAGGAGACUAAGGCCGGCAAAUUUCUGUUCGACAGCGAGACGGAAAGCAGUCUCACAGAACUGGACUCCGAUUUCUUGCUAGAUGACGAUCCGAUAUUUCGGGGUAUGACGACGUCGGCUCCAACCCAGUUUCAGUUAGGCGGUAAGACCAAGCGCUCGUCGAACGGACCCAUCAUACCCAGACCGCAGAAGGUUUCCUCGAGCGACGCCACUGCCUCCCAAGAAACGACACCGAACGAGACGACCGAUGGCGAUAAUGAUAUCCCAAAAGAUCAAAGCAAGAGAGACGAAUGGGAACUUGUAAGCGAUGAUACCACUUCCCCUCGCGUUGGCACACCGGCACCACACAAACUGAGGAUACACUUGCGGCACAAAGCUACUCGGCGCGAAAAGACCUUAAAGUUCCGGAUGAUUAAGGAAGCUGACAUCGACUGGAACGAGCCCAAGCACCUGAAGUCUAUCGGGCAGUGGCGGCGUCAGCUCUUCAGGCGUAGAGGUUUCCCGCUGAAGAAAGUCUUGUUUGCCCCAGCUGAAGAUGCGUGGCUGAAUCUGUUCCACGAGAAGACCUACGCCGUAGCCAAGGGUGCAAGCGCUAUAGGCAUGCCGACCGUUUCGAUGGUCCGCGAGGCGUUUAAUGAGUUCUUCGAAGGCAAGCUGCUGGUGGACGCCAAAGGCAACCAACUUCCUGCUCGCGAGGCGAGAGAAAACACUUCAUUUCGGGGCAAAUUCGUGCGCCAAGGCUCCAAGCUCUGGCAGCUGCGUGAGGAUACGAGGGGGUUGCUUGACAAGGAUUCGAACGGCAAGAUAUACGUACCAGUCAUUACAGAGGAGGAGCUGGACCGAUAUCGCGAGAGUGGGAUCGUUGCAGUUGAUGACCCUGACAAUGCCGAUAAGAACAAUGCGUUGGCGUGGUCGCGGGAGAAGCUUGAGAAACUACAUCAGUCGUCACCCCGGAAGCGGAAGCGGAAGCAACCAAAGAUAGCCGAAAUUGAAGAGGAGAAGGACACUUUAGACAAAGAUGUCUCUGAUGCGGACGAUGAAGCGGAGUCACCAAAGCCAACAAAAGAGCGACUGGCACCCUCCAAGCCGUCCGUGUCGGCUUCCGUCUCAUCAACUAAGUCUAACGAAAUCGCGCCCCCACAAGACCGUGCUCGCUAG